GCUCGCUGGUGAGUGCCGGCGCACGGAGCGCCGCGGGGUGCGGGGAGGCGGCGAGCGUUAGGUUCGUUUGGGACUCGCCGUGCAAUGGCCCGGGCGCCCCUCUCCGGUGGCCUUCUGCCUCCACUCGCUAACGUACCCCCGUCGUGGGCGCAGUCCGUGGGCGCUGGGGAGGAGCGGGGCGAGGGGCGGCGCCGGGGGCCGCCGGCGGCGGGCAGCGCCCCGCGCCCGGACUCCGGCCGAGAGCCGUGGGCCCCCGCGGCGGCCGGCGGCCCGAUGCCCCUCGCCCUGCAGCGGCUCCGGGCCACGCUGCUGCGCCUGCACCGCGAGCGAGAGCGGCUCCUGCGGGCCCGGGACUGCGCCCGCCUCCUGCAGGUGGCCGUGCGGCUGCUCUGCUCCGGCCCCCCGGCCGGCUCCCUCCCCGUGCAGCAGCUGCUCGGCGACCUGCAGCUGUGCCCCUCGCGUGGGGCGCCUCUGCGCCUCGGCCUCCCGGGCCCCGCGGAGACGCUUCUCCGGGCUCGCCCCGUCGGCCUAGCCGCCCAGCGCCUGGAUGCCGUCAUCGAGAUGCAGUUUCGCGCCCUAGGCCGGGCACCGGCUAGCCUGGGCCUGACGUCCCAGCUAGCCGAACUGCUGCUGGCCCUUCCCUUCUACCACACGCUGCAGGGACGAGCCCUGAGCUGCGUCCCCGGGGCUGCGCGCCCAUUCCCCACGGCCCGUGUGCUCCACCUCCUGGCUGCGGAGCGGGGUUGUCAGGUGGCAGAUAGGCUGGCAGAGGCCCUUGGCGGCUCGGGCUUGCAGCACCAACUCCGCCAGCAGUGCGACGAGGAGCGGGAGCUGCUGCCCGGGCUGCUGGGCCUAAUAGGGGGCGUGGCUAGCACCGACGGCGGUGGACUGAGGCUGGGAGGGCCUGGAACCCUGUGGAGCCAGUAUUGGACCCUGCUGUGGGCAGCCUGUGCUCAGAGUCUAGACCUAAGCGUGGGACCCUGGGACGACCGCAGAGCACUGGCACAGAAGCUGAGUCAGGCACUAGGUCAAGCAUCCCUGCCUCCAGAGUGUGAGAAGGAGCUGUUGUCUCUGUGUCACAGCCUUUUUCAUCAGUCUCUUAUCGGGAGCUGGGACCAAGGGUUCUGCCAGGCCUUGGGAUCAGCCGUGGCGACUGAGAACAGCCCCUCUUCACCAUCUCCUACUGCUGAGCUGCUGUUGCAGCUUUUCCCUCCCCUCUCGGAUAGCCUUCGACAGCCUAGGUCAGAACUUAGCCUGUGCCAUCCUCCAGGUCCUGCAGCUGUUGCUCUGGGGCUCUGCACCCUGCAGACCACCGUGCUCUGGUUCCUGGGCAGAGCUCAGCAGCACCUGGCAGCAUGGGCCCCCGGUGCCUUCCUCCUCCUGAUCCAAAAAGACUUGCCUCCUCUGCUGCAUGCAGUGGAGGCUCUGUCCAGCUUGGCCUCCGAGGCCACCUUAACUCCGGAGGUGGAGCAGCAGCUGGGCCUGGAGAUCCAGAAGCUCGCUGUGAAGAUGCAGCUCCUGCCUGAAGAGUCACUGAGUCUUUUUUUCCAAGAAUGUCAUAAACAAGCCACACAGGGCUUCAAACUCUACAUGCCAAGGGGUCGAUACUGGAGACUUCGACUGUGCCCUGAGCAUCCCAGUGCUCCUAGUGAGUAUGCAAGGAUGGUGGUACACGCCGUGUUGGAGCCCGUGUUGCAAGGACUGCGGGGAUUGCCGCCCGAAGCCCAAGCCCCUGCCCUCAGCCAGGCACUGACAGCCACACUGGGUGCCUGGCUUGACCACAUCCUCACCCAUGGGAUCCGGUUCAGCCUGCAGGGGGCGCUGCAGCUUAAACAAGACUUCGGAGUGGUCAGGGAGUUUCUGGAACAGGAGCAGUGGGGCCUGUCCCGGGAUCUUCGCCAGACCCUGCUUUCCCUGGGCAUCUUCCAGCGGCUGGACGGGGCCCUGCUAUGUCUACUGCGGCAGCCCCUGCCCAAGAAUCCAGUCCACAGAAGGCAUCCAUGUUGCUGUUUUUGUAAUGAGGUCCAGACCACUGAAUUGCCCACCAGCAGCCUCAACAGCCUGGAAAGCUUGGCGCCUCCUCCUCUACGGCCUGUAGUCUCCCCAGCCCAGACCGCUCACCUGCUAAGCACCCUGGGAGGAGGAGGACCUAGUCCUGAGGCUUACCUGGCUGGAAACCAGCAGGCCUGGCUUGCCUUGAGGCUGCACCAGCACUCUCGCUGGCACCUGCCUUUUCUUUCGUGCUUGGGGACAAGUCCUGAACCCUAAGUUGCCUAGGACCAGGAGUUCCAUAUUGUGCUCUAGACAAGGAGCUGUAUGUUAGAGAGGCUUACAGCCGGAGCGUGGUAGAACACAUACAUAAGCCUCACAGGCUGGAAAUGAAUCCAAGAUCACUCAAGUACCUACAAUCCAGAGUAACAGGCAAAUUACAGCCCGAAAUCUGAAUCAGCAGCAAUGAAGACAUUUUAGAGCUACAAAUAGGUCUAUAGGGUUGGCUCUCUGGAAACAGAAGCAAGCUACUUGCUUUCUCUUGAAUCCCAGGAGCAAAGCCAAAAAGUCACAAGGAAACACAGGUGGCACAAGCAUUUCUACACGUGGAGAACCUGUCUUACCCCUUCGCCAUUUCUACUAGUCUUUAGGCUGUAGGACGUUUAAACUACCGCUGAUGUUACCAGGGUUGGACUUGCCAUUGGCGGGUGGACAAGCCCUGCUGUGGUAGUCCUCUCAAUGGAAGGAGCUAGGACUUACGAUGGUGUUGACCUAGAUCUAGCAGGCAAGAUAGUGUAGGGAAACGGCUGCAGG